GCGAUGUCGAUCAACAGCCAAUGAUCAGAUCGUCCUGCGAUUGUGAGCUUCUUGUUGUCCUUUGUUUGCUUCCUUUCGUGCACGAGAGACCUGCCAGCUGCGACGUGACGAGGAGUAAGGACAACUCUUAAUUGUCUGGUGAAUCUGUGAUUAUUAUCGACAUCAAAUCGCUCAACCACCGUCCAACGUCGCUUGGAUUGUAACGUCGAUUUGUCUCAAAACGCAGAAUUACCAGAGCAACGUCCAGCCCACUGGAACGAAAACGUCCGCUUCCUAAUCUCUCUUACCACGAGCCACUCCCAGCGAUAUUUCGUCAGGAAAAGAAUAAGACGGUUUGCUUUCAAGUGACACAGACUACACGUAGAGUCGUAGAGUGACCGCACGAGAGGAUAAAUUCAUCGAAAGUUGAAACGUUCGGUCGUUGGAAAUCGAACACAUAUACGCUCGCUUUUCGGACACGCAGGACCACAAUAGAGGGGGCGCAAAGGUAAUACGAAGCGAUCGUCGACGCACACCUGCGUGCAGCGGAGCUGAAGAAAGAAAGAAAUGGCCGAGUAUUGCGAGUACAUGUGGGACCCCACGCGAGGUCAUGGUAGCACCGCCCUGGCGCGCAGUAUUUAUGACGAGCAGGCCAGAUUCGAUAAACGUGACAAGAAACUGGCCAUUAAAACUGUCAGAGCCAUACUUCAAGAAAUGCCGAAUGUGGACUUGAAGCACUGCACGGACGAAUAUAUCACGCGUUUCCUACUGGCCCGGAAGUACCGCACCGAGCAGGCGGCCGAUCUCAUAGUCGCUUAUCAAUUCCAAAUCACACACCGCCAAGACAUCUUCGGCAAUCUCACCGCUCGUGAUCCGGCCUUGCAGCGCGCACUUCGCGCGGGCAUUCCGGGUGUUCUGCCCGCGCGCGACAGGAAGGGCAGAUGCGUGCUAGUUAUUUUAGCCUCGCAAUGGGAUCCCAUAGCCGUACCCGCAUUAUCCGUUCAACGAGCUAUCUUCUUAGUUCUGGAAACACUUAUUCAGGAUCCCCGUAACCAGCAAUCCGGUUUCGUCGCUGUGGUGGACUGGAGCGGAUUCUCGUUACGGCAAGGUGGUGCACUGGGCGCAGCGGCCGUGCGAAACCUAAUAAAUGCUCUACGUGGGCGAUUUCCUGCUCGAUUCAAAGCGAUACACUUCCUUUCAGCGCCGUUAUACGUACAGGCCACUUUGGCUCUGGUGAAGCCAUUUCUCGAUGAAAAAACACGAAACAAGAUUUACCUGCACGGCAACAAUCUCAGCACGCUCCACGAGCACCUGCCCACGGACAUCCUGCCGGCGGAGCUCGGCGGAACGGGACCAGCCUUCAACCCAGGAUUAUGGGCUGAGCCGGUCAUCCACUCGGCGAUGAAAGAGGCCGAGCUCGCCGCUACCACCACCAAAAAGGGAAAAGAACACGUCGACGCGGAUACGCGUAUACAAGAACCGGCGGACCUUCGGAACGACGGGUUGGAAACCGCAAACGGAAACUGUGAGAAGAGCGACGGAUCGAACAUCUCGGCGAAAUUGCGAGACAACGUUGCAAAAACAGCUUUGAACAACUCCGGCAGUCCCGCCGCGAGGCAUUCCACCGGCAGGGCGAGUGCGCAAGUGGAUGUGGAACUGAACGUGAUAAACAGACGGAUGAGCAGUCAAAAAGAAACGACAGAGUCCGUAGCGAAGAACGAUGAGGACGACGACGACGUUAGGGAUCGAUUAGUGCGCGUCGAGCAAAUUAGUAACAACAACGUAGAUGAGAUUCGUCGUUGUUCCGAAGACAGAACGAGUCAACACGGAGACACAGAUGAGUCGGCGUUUCUCGACGUGGAGUCUGAGAUCAAUUCGAACGAGUUCGAAAUAAUACCUAGCCGAUCGGCCAGCGAGAACAGCUCGUUGGACAAUAGAUCAUCCAAGGCUUUUAUUGUCACCAGCAACACCGAAAUACCGUCGGAAAAGACGAAUCUCAUAACGUAACGCUGAUCUCCAUAGAUCUAGGUAUUCGGAUUAUAUUACCGGAUAGACAUCUGUUUCCUCGCGCUAAAGAUGAUUCUUACUAUAUAACUAAUGAUACUAUAUAACGAGACAGCGAGAAUAAUGUCUCAAAGUACCGUUAUUUUAUCUGUAAUAGUAAUAGCUUUUCCUAUUUUGACUAUUUUCUAGGCUGUAUUCUAACGCGAUGCUCUCUGAUCGCAAUUUCCACUUAAGCUUAGGUAUGUAACUUAUUUAUAAAAAUACUUCGAAAAUAUAUUAAGUACGACAUUCGAGUUGAGAAAUUGUGUUAAAUAUUAUGAUAAAUUUAGCUUCUGAACACCAUCCUUUCGCUACAUGCGUCUGGUAUACUGACAAUACGAUUAUGAUAAUUUCUGAAACUGAAGUACCUACUUAGGGAAGCAGAUAUUUAUCAUGCAUCUCAUAUAUAUGUAUGUGUAUAUAUAUACUAAUUUAGUAUAUAUACUAAUACAUAUAUAUAUUAAUACACUCACACAUACAUAUAUAUACUAUAUAUGUAUAUAUAUACUAUAUAUAUGUGUGCAUAUUAAUUUUUUAGUACCCUAAAUAUUAUAGCAUAGAUGAUAGCUGCGUAUUGUCGCGACGAUAUCACAGAUAUCAUGAAAAUUGAUUUUUUCUAAUUGUGAUUAAAGCCUAAUCUGCAAUGUGGUUUUUGCUUCCUGUUUCUUGUUCUCUGUCUUUUUUUAGUUAAAGGCUUAAGAUGUGAGUCAGAAAGAAAUAAUGAAAAAGAAACAAGAGGCAAAUAACACAUUGUAGAUCAAGCUUAAGAGUAGUGAAAAAUGAAAGAACAUGAAAAAUCCUGUAAAUUGCAAACAUGUCAUAUAUAUAACAUCGUUUAUAAAUGUAAUCUGUUUAAAAUUGUGUCUCGUAUCCAGCGGUGAAAUAAGUAUUUCCAAUAUACCGUUACUUAUAAUUUUCUAAGUGGCUUUUAUACAAAUGCUUUAGGGAUAGCGUACUUACGGAUUAAAGUAUAUAACUCUCUUAGAUUAUAAUUUAGAGUAUUGUAUUUCAAGCAAAUAUUGAAAUAUUUCUUCCAUUGACAUCGCGCCUUAGUUUCUUUGCACAUAUUCCAUUUCCAUUGCUAUAUAACGUCAAGAAGUUCUAGAAAUUUCCUAUUAGGUUUUAGAAAUAUCCUGGUUUAUAAAAAUAUUCUUAUAAAUAACUUGCGCUGUGUGUGUUCAACAUGAUAAUACUGAAAAAACGAACAACGAUUUAUGAGAAGAAUACAAGCAUAUGAUGAAAUAAUGUAAUAAAAAUUUAUUUCGGUACAUAAAAUAUAUGUGUGUAUAUAUAUAUAAAUUCUCAACGUCAAUACAUGUUUUAAAUAACA